AUGGGAUUGAAAUUGAAUCCCAGUGAAAGAUUGGCCCGCAUCCGCGCUGCUACACGCACACUAGUCAUGAUCGUGUUCACUUACUUGAUCAGCAAUCUGCUGUCGGUUAUAAUCACUAUUUGGGAAUAUCUCGAUGCGGCGAGUCUAUUCGAUAAGUAUCUCUCAUUCUAUGUGAUGUCAGUGGAUGCGAUCUCAUUACUGACAAUUGUUGCCUCAGUUCUUCGUCUUCCAAUUUACAUCACUUGUCAACCGUUACUCAGGAAGGAGAUGUUCCAGUUCAUUUGUGAGUUUUUUUUCAAAAUUCUCUGGUUAAGUGUCUGAGG